AUGGUGAACAAUUUCUCCCAAACCCAUGCUGUGGAACUCUGUUAUGAGAAUGUGAAUGGAUCCUGCAUUAAAACCCCUUACUCGCCGGGUCCUCGUGCCAUCCUGUACACUGUGCUGGGUUUGGGGGCAGUGCUGGCGGUGUUUGGGAACCUACUGGUGAUUAUUGCGAUCCUUCACUUUAAACAGCUUCACACGCCUACGAACUUUCUGAUCGCAUCCCUGGCCUGUGCGGACUUCCUGGUGGGUGUCACUGUGAUGCCUUUCAGCACGGUGAGGUCUGUGGAGAGCUGCUGGUACUUUGGGGAGAGUUACUGUAAAUUCCAUACAUGUUUUGAUACUUCCUUCUGUUUUGCAUCUUUAUUUCAUUUGUGCUGCAUCUCUAUUGACAGAUACAUUGCUGUGACAGAUCCUCUGACAUAUCCAACCAAGUUUACCGUCUCUGUUUCUGGAGUCUGCAUUAUCCUCUCUUGGUUCUUUUCUGUCACAUACAGCUUUUCUAUCUUUUACACUGGGGCCAAUGAAGAGGGAAUCGAAGAGUUAGUGGUGGCUCUCACCUGUGUGGGAGGCUGUCAGGCUCCACUGAAUCAAAACUGGGUUCUGCUGUGUUUUCUUCUCUUCUUCAUCCCCACCGUUGCCAUGGUGUAUAUAUACGGUAAGAUAUUUUUGGUGGCCAAGUAUCAGGCCAGGAAGAUAGAAACUACAGCCAGCCAAGCUCAGUCCUCCACAGAGAGUUACAAGGAAAGAGUAGCAAAGAGAGAGAGGAAGGCGGCGAAGACGCUGGGUAUCGCGGUGGCGGCCUUUCUUGUCUCUUGGCUACCCUACAUUAUCGAUGCGGUGAUUGACGCCUACAUGGAUUUCAUAACUCCUCCUUACGUUUAUGAGAUCUUGGUGUGGUGUGUUUAUUAUAAUUCCGCUAUGAACCCCUUGAUAUAUGCUUUCUUUUACCCGUGGUUUCGGAAGGCGAUAAAACUUAUUGUUAGCGGCAAGGUCUUAAGGAGGGAUUCAUCCACCACCAAUUUAUUUUCUGAAGGUGCAGAUAUAGAUUAA